AUGUUCUAUCGCCCGGGUGUCGGGCUGUCUGCAUACAGACGUCUCGUCGCCGUGGCCGACGCAUGGCUGGUCCGACGUGUGGAGGAGUUUGACCUCAGCCAGGCCGUCGGUGUCGGCGGGCUGACGGCGGCCGCCGGAAUCGCGAUUCGCUCUGCCAGCUGCCAGCAGCCUCGUGUCGCCGCUCUCGACACGUGCUCAUGCAAACAAUGCGAGAACUUGGGUGCGCCGCUUAGUGGCGGCGCUGCUUUAGAGGAAGCGGCAGCGUGGGAAGCAAAGCAGAUGGAGGCGGCGCGGCAUGCCAAGGAGCUGCUCAUGCUGGCGGAGGUUGAGCGGCUAAGUGCAGCAAGGGCCCAGGGCAAGAAGGGCAAGAAGAAGAAGAUAAUCGAGCUCGAUUUUGAUGAGAAUUUGAUGAGAAAUAUCUCAAUUUUGAGCAAAAAACGGUAA